AUGAUGAAUUCAACUCAGUCAGUGUUUUCAUAUUUCAUUCUGGGUGGUUAUAAGGAUUUAAGAACUUUAAGAUAUUUUUAUUUCAUGGUAACUACAUUUUUGUACAGUAUCAUUGUUUGUGCCAACCUUUUGCUGAUUGUGGUUAUCUGUGUGAACAGAAGCUUACAUGAACCUAUGUACAUUUUUCUGUGCAGCCUGUUUGUAAAUGAACUGUAUGGUAGUACAGGGUUGUUUCCAUUCCUUCUGGUUCAGAUCCUCUCUGACAUUCACACUGUUUCUGUUUCUUUUUGUUUCCUGCAGAUUUUCUGUUUGCAUACAUAUGCAUGUAUAGAAAUAUGUAACUUAGCCGUCAUGUCUUAUGACAGAUAUCUUGCUAUCUGUCGUCCUCUGCAAUAUAACACACGUAUGACAUGUAACAAAGCAGUUAUCUUUGCAAUUGCUGUAUGGUUGCACUGUUUUGUGAAGUUCCUGAUUACUUUAUCCUUAAACAUCAGUUUGACACGUUGUGGAAACAUCAUAAACAGUUUGUUUUGCCGUAACUACCUUGUUGUUAAGUUGGCCUGUUCUGACCCCAAAGUGAAUAAUAUUUAUGGACUCUUUGGUACUGUUAACACCAUUUUAAUUCCUCUGCUUCCAAUCUGUUUUUCCUACAUAAAAAUUCUCAAAAUCUGUUAUGCUGGUUCCAAACAGACAAGACAGAAAGCUGUCAGUACCUGCACACCUCAGCUCGCUUCUCUGCUCAACUUUUCUUUCGGGUGUUUAUUUGAAGUAAUCCAGAGUAGAUUUGAUAUGAGCAGUGUACCCAGUAUGCUGCGUAUUAUUCUGUUACUGUACUUUGUCAUCAUACAGCCAGUUUUGAGUCCUGUUAUGUUUGGAUUGCAAUUGUCAAAAAUACGAAACACUUGUAAACAUGUCCUCUGUUACAAAAGGUUGGCUGUUCACGGACAUAAAAUGUAG